UAAGCAGGUGGGAGCAUGGGCCUUCCUGCUCGCUCGGGGCGUUUGAUGAUUGACCAGGGCCGGUGGCUGCGGCAGCGCCGUGCCCCGCGCAGCCCGGCUCCCGCCGCCAUGCCCGCCCGCCGCCUGCUGCUCCUGGCGCUGCUCCUGCAGCUCCAGCCCGCCUGCUGCCAGGAAGCGCGGGGCAGCCUCCAGCCGUGGUCGCAGGGCGUCAUCGCAGUGGUUGUGUUUCUAGUCCUGGUGGCCAUCGCCUUCGUGGUCAACAGGUUCUGGUGUAAGGAUAAAGUGGAAAAUGCUGAGAAUGUGGUGAGUGUGGAGGACAAGCCAGAUGCUGUCACAUCCAAUGGCCAUGAAGGGAGAUACGUAUCAGCUGCAGCUGACUUCAGGUCCAAAGAGAACCAGCACGCCUACGAGAACACCGUGGAGCCCGAGGAGAAAGUGAUCACCACGGCCAUGUAGCAGCACCCACCCGCUCCCUCCUCCUGCUCUCGAUUCGCUUCCCGCUCUUGCGACGGGCAUUUUCACAGAGACCCUCUGCCCUGGCACCCCCUGGGAGUGAGGGGCCCUGGCCUCUCCACGGCACCACCACCUCCUGAUCUUCUCCCUUUCCACCCGUGGGACAUGCUCCUGUCCCUCUGGGGCUGGUGUCCCCACGGGCAUUGGUCCCCAGGAGGGGUCUGGAGGUGCCACCUCUCCCGCCUGGUGGUCCCCCCACCUGGUUGGCGAGGUUGGUGUCCCAAGUCCCAGGAGGGUGUUGACCUGUUCAAGACACAGAGGGGAUCCUGCUGGGUGCCUGGGACAUCCCCGCACUCCCAGCUGCCCUCCAGGGAGCUGCUGAUGGAAAACCUGCUCUUUUCUCCGCAGUUCACCCUCCUUUUUAUGACCUACACCGUGCAUUUUAAUGUCAGAACAAACCUCCCCCUCUGUACAUAUCUUCCUGGUGAGCAAUAAAGAGAAUUGUUGCCUAUGACAGUAAA